CUUGACCUGCGUUGUACUGUUCCUGUGUUUUACUCCAGGAAUAGGGAUUAAAGACAGCAGAACAAUUAAGGACAACAGUGACAUUUUCACAAAGAUCGGCGCCAAAUGGAAAAAUCACGCACUCUGCUGGCCCUGAUCUUGCAAGUACUCUAUUACUGCAAGGCAGUCUCCACGAGCUACAAUACCUUCUUCUAUCAAGAUAUAUUCAAGGGCAACGGAAAUGGAGAACUUCAUUUCAAUGGCAUAAAACUGCGAGUUGAGACCACACUGCCCUCUGUGUUCACUCUGAGGGGCAGUAAUGUGACCCUCCCCUGUCGGUUCUGGUACGAGCCGCCGCUAAACAGCCCUCGCAGUGUGCGGGUAAAGUGGUCCUGGUCACCCAUCACUGGAGACCGUGAGGUUGACGUCCUGGUCGCGAUUGGUCACCACCAGCGCAGCUUUGGGGAUUUUAAGAAUCGAGUGUACCUUCAGCAUGACCUCCCAGGAGAUACUGCAUUGGUCAUCACUAAUGUCAGCAUGAGUGACACAGGCCAAUACCGCUGUGAGAUCAUUGAUGGCCUGGAAGAUGAAAGUGUGACAGUUGACCUGGAGCUCAGAGGUGUGGUCUUUCCUUAUCAGCCUCAAAAUGGCCGCUACCACCUGACCUUCCCAGAAGCUCGGCAGGUCUGUGAGGAGCAGGACGCCAUGGUAGCCACUUCUGACCAGCUCUACAUGGCCUGGCAGGAGGGGCUGGACUGGUGCAAUGCCGGCUGGCUUGCAGACGGCACAGUGCAGUACCCAAUUAACCUGCCCCGGUACCCAUGUGGGGGCCUUGGACUGGCCCCAGGGGUACGCAGCUAUGGACCCAGGCAUAAACACCUUCAUCGCUAUGACGUCUUCUGUUUCUCCUCCUCGCUUCGGGGGAGAGUAUAUUACCUUGAACAUGCUCAGAAGUUCAACUUCACUGAGGCAAUCCAGGCCUGUAUUGAGGAUGACACUCAGAUAGCUAAGGUGGGUCACCUUUUCGCAGCAUGGAAGUUCCUAGGCCUGGAUCGCUGUGAUGCCGGUUGGCUGGCUGAUGGGAGUGUGCGAUACCCGAUAACCACUCCUCGCUUGAACUGUGGGCCUCACAAACGAGGCGUCCGCAGCUUCGGCUUCCCCUCCCCGUAUUACAAGUAUGGGGUGUACUGCUAUAGCUCUAGGUGAAAGCCUACUGAGACUUACCAGGAGUCUGCCUUUGCAUAGUGAAUGUGAAUUACCAUGGUGCCAUUGCCUUCCAACCAGCUAAGCAACAGUGGUUGCAUGAGGUGAGUUGUAGGAAUACAUGGAAAUGUUCCGGUUUCUAUCCAAAUUUACAGAUGAUCCAGUGCUAAUACAGAUUAAUUCCUGGGUUGCUUUCAACACUUUAGUCCAGUAGGUGAAAUUGUACAAAACAUAUUUGCCAGUUCCAGUGGCAAAUUCCUAUGCUUUUCCACUUUAUUCUCAUCAGAUUAGGUUGGUGACCUAAAGCAUCAAAUGUUAAUAGUGUGUUGGCUAGACAUCUUAUUUUUUUACAUUUAUUUUUUAUUUAUAUGUUUAAUUAAUCUUAGGUGAACAAUGGCAUGAAAAUGUGUUGGUGUUUUACACUUUCAUAUUUUGUAAUACUAUAUAUUUGCUCCUUAAGGACAGGAAAAAGUCAAAGGCUUACAUACAUUUACUGAAUAUGCAUUUUCUGAUCAUUGAUGAGUUUUAACAACAGGAACAAUUUUGCCCUCACCUGGUUAGAAUAAGAAAGUGACACAAGAAAACUGGUAAGCUCUAUUUUAGGAUUGAUGGUUUGCUCACCAUCGUUUCAGUGAGCGGUUCCAAAACCUAAGUCAACUUCUCACCAUAUUAUGCAGAAACAAAUGUUAUAAUGUGAAAAGGGUCUUGUGGAUAUUUCAUCAAGUACUUAGUCAUACCUGCUUUUAAUUAUGUUUAAAAGGUUUACAGUGCUUUCUAAGAAAUAGAAAAAAUGUUCUUGCUACAUAUUACAGAAUAAUGCCUCUAAAAUCUGAAUGCUUUUUUGUACUGUAAUCUUUACUUUUUGUUACAUUUGAAUACAUAAUGUCAUUUUGGUAAAACAAAUAGCUAAAACAUGUUAAAAUGAUCACAUAGUCCUUGUACAUAGAGUGUAUUUUUCAAUUUGCUUUAUUUUCCUGUACUUUCACCUUUGAUGAGCUAGGGAUCAGUUUUUGUCAUUUACCUCCAAAAAAAUAUUACCAAGGGGUAUCUAGUUGUGGAUAAGUGCAAAGCCAUUGAUCAGUAUGGGUGGUUGCAGUUCAGUCUCACACAUGAAAAAAAUCUGUAACAGAUGCCAUACUAUGAUCCCACCAUUAGGGGUCUCAGUUCAUGAGAUUUCCCACUGGACAUGAAGGAGCACUAGGCAGGAGAGGAGAAAGGGCCCAGUGCUUCAGCAGAGCCCUAAAAGAGCCCAUUCAGCUAAAGGAUGGCUGUGUGCCAGAACCUCUCCCCAUCAUGCAUAUAGCAACUCCUGUAAUUUUACAACUCUUAUAACUCAGAGGGACUUAUGUGCUUUUCACUGACCACAAAUACAUUUCGACUGAGUUGGACAAGGUUAUAAUACUUAACUUUCCAUUACCUGUGAACAGUAAUUAGCUUUUCUUAGUAAAAUGUUUUUAAAAAUCUAAAAAAGAAAAAAAGUAUAUUCUUGACUGUUGGUAUGUUUCCCCCAACAGUCCCAUUGAAUUCAAGCCUUGUGUGAAAAGUGAUGUAUGGAAUGUUUUAUUUGGACAUUUUUCAUGGUUUUCCUUUUCACCAAUAAACUAAUUUGAACGAAAACAUGUUGUGUGUCAUCUGUGACAAUAUACAUCAUCUCCGAAGAUAACCAUUCCCAUCUCAUGGCAACCUCUGACUCUUGAGGUGUACUUCAAUGUUAUUGUGAAGCAUUACUUUCAUUCCUUUACUGUGAUAUGAAUUAAGUCAUAGUGGGGCAAAUAUAUGAGAUCAUAGCAGAGUACAAGAGAACUUUUUAACCCUUUCUUUUCCAACAUGAAGAACCAAGUCUUUUGGGCAUGAAGUAAUCUCCAUUUUGCUUACAUCAAAAUUUGCAUGAUUGGAAAGUUUACUAAUUGGUUCACUGGUCAACACUGGUGAUGAAAACAAGAUUGCAGUCUACAAAAGAGCUCCCCCAAUGCUCCGGGGGAAAGAGGCACCGCCUCUCCCAUGUACUAGAGCAGACACCAGAGCAAUGUGCUUCAAAAACAAAAUCAUAAGGCACUUGUCGUAACAGACAGUAAAAAAAAAAGACAUUUCUGAAUUUUUAAGAGAAGCGAGAAUGACAGUGAUGGCAGUAAGCUAGUUCAGGCCAUGGUCUCACAGUGCUGCGUCCUGCACAGCUUUGGCAAGACAAUUGAAACGAGAAAACAACACAGCACAAAUUCAAGCUGACAGUUUGACAGGAUCUGCCUGUCUAGCCCCGCUUUUGACAAAUGUAAUGCAUAUGUGUUGGUAUGGAUUUUGCAUUGUUUUGUCUGAAUAUUUUGGACAUAAAAAAUGGCAAACCCCAUCAAAUUGCCAGAUACAAUGUCAUAUUGUGACAAAUCAAUAAAUACUCCUAAUUUCACAUUACCUUGGCUGUUAUUAGGUGUAUCAAAAAUCAAUUACACUUUUAAAAUGUUUCAUCAUUUCUAUGGUUACACAAAAAUAAAUUAAUGUAAACCUCUUCUUUAUGGCUAUAAACAUUUCUAGAUUUUUUUUUCCAUCCUUUGAGACUAUAGAUUAAAAUAAUACUUCAUGUCAUCUUUCAUAUACUGUUAUAUAUAGUAAGUGCUUUAAAAACUUUGUACCUCACAAACUGCAUAUUAUGGUGCCCAAAGCGGGAAAAAAAGCAAAAAAAUAAAAUAAAAUAAAAAAUUCCCAUUCCUAUGUCCCUCUCAGAAAAAAGAGUGUGGAGACACAGGCCUUAUCAAGUUCUUAGCUGUUCCCUUUCAUUGCAAAAUUCCAGACAGUCUAGAUGAGAGUUCCUCCUCUGCAAGGUUUAGUAAAAAUUCAUCAGAUAUUUGGAGACAACCUGAAGCAUGCCAGAAGUCUGAAACGAACCUGUAUAGCAUAGUCUGUAAAACCUUCCAAAUAGUUCAGUUGCAAGUACAGUGAUCCAUUUACACUACCGAUGUUAAUAAUGCUACUCUCAUAAAUAAAGUGAAAAAAAAAUGAGGUGAAAAAAAAAAAAAA